AGAGGAAGCGGGCGGGCGCGGCGAUGGCGGCCAUAGGGCAGCAGUGGGUGUUGGUGGAGAUGGUGCAGGCCUUCUACGAGGCGCCUGCUUACCAUCUCAUUUUAGAAGGGAUUUUAAUUCUAUGGAUCAUCAGACUUCUUUUCUCCAAGACGUACAAGCUUCAAGAACGAUCUGACCUAACACCUAAGGAAAAAGAAGAGUUGAUUGAAGAAUGGCAGCCAGAGCCUCUUGUACCACCUGUACCAAAAGAUCACCCAGCUCUCAACUACAACAUUGUUUCAGGUCCCCCCACCCAUAUAAUCACUGUGAAUGGCAAGGAAUGUAUAAACUUUGCAUCAUUUAACUUUCUUGGACUUCUGGAUAAUGAAAAAGUUAAGAGUGCAGCACAGGCAUCUCUGAAGAAAUAUGGUGUAGGCACUUGUGGACCUAGAGGAUUCUAUGGUACUUUUGAUGUGCAUUUAGAAUUAGAAGAACGACUAGCAAAAUUCAUGAGGACAGAGGAAGCUAUUAUAUACUCCUAUGGAUUUGCAACCAUUGCCAGUGCUAUUCCUGCAUAUUCAAAAAGAGGGGACAUUGUGUUUGUAGAUGAAGCUGCCUGCUUUGCUAUUCAGAAGGGAUUGCAAGCAUCUCGUAGUAACAUCAAGUUAUUUAAGCAUAAUGAUAUGGCUGACCUUGAACGACUGUUGAAAGAACAAGAGAAUGAAGAUCAAAAGAAUCCUCGCAAGGCCCGUGUGACUCGAAGAUUUAUUGUAGUGGAAGGAUUGUACAUGAACACAGGAGAUGUUUGCCCUCUUCCAGAGUUGGUAAAAUUGAAGUAUAAAUACAAAGUUAGAAUAUUUUUGGAGGAGAGCCUUUCCUUUGGAGUCCUUGGAGAACACGGAAGAGGAAUUACUGAACACUUUGGAAUAAAUAUUGAUGAUAUAGAUCUCAUUAGUGCAAAUAUGGAAAAUUCACUGGCUUCUAUUGGAGGAUUUUGCUGUGGAAGAUCUUUUAUUAUUGACCAUCAGCGAUUAUCUGGUCAAGGCUACUGCUUUUCUGCAUCCCUGCCUCCUUUGCUAGCUGCUGCUGCUAUAGAGGCUCUGAAUAUUAUGGAAGAUAAUCCAGACAUUUUUCGGACUCUCCAUGCUAAAUGCGAACAAAUUCACAAAGCUUUGCAGGGGAUUUCUGGCUUAAAAGUAGUGGGAGAAUCUUUUUCUCCAGCAUUGCACCUACAGUUGGAAGAAAGCUGUGGGUCUCGAGAAAAUGAUGUGAAGUUACUCAAAAGAGUUGUGGAUUAUUGCAUGAGUAGUGGCAUUGCGUUAACCCAGGCCCGCUAUCUGGAGAAAGAGGAAAAAUGUCUUCCACCCCCCAGUAUUCGAGUAGUGAUAACAGUGGAACAAACAGAACAAGAACUGGACAAAGCUGCAUCACUCCUGAAGGAAGCUGCACAGUCUGUACUGAAUUAGACUGCUUUUUGGAUUCUUUUCUCAAGUGAUCAGAAUAACUGAUUUACACUGUAUAGUGACUUCACUUUAGAUAUUCAAAUUCUUCCACUGAUGGCAUUGAAACCUGACUAACAGAAUUGUUCUAGAAUGGUACAAAUGCAAUGAGGGAAAGAAUGCUGCAUUUGGUAACUGGUGAAUGACACAGUCUACUUGCAAUUUAAACUGUGAUGUUUGCUAACCAUUUCUUAGAAGGGGAUAUCACUGUUUCAUACAAGACUGUCAUAAGUUGCAUCUUAAGUUUUAAAUUUAUUUCUUCAAUGUAUAAAUGUUUAAAAGAUGUAUAUGAACAUUCUUUUUUCCCUAAAAACAUGUAAAAUGUGUUGUUUUCUCUGCAUACCCUCAGAGUGUAGGAACUUUAUUUAAAGAAAUUUCAAAUAAUUAUACCUUCCUGCCCCUGAGUGAAGGUAGGCUGUUCCUAAUACUGACAAAAGGGAGAAAAUGCCACAUUAAGAGACAAUUUUGUGCUAUAUUACAUCAUUUAUUAUUGAAUUAUAGGAGGAACUUCAGUUCUCUUUUGUGUAUAUCUUUCCCUAACCAUUUUUGAAAGCCAGUUUUUAAGAAUGUCUGGCCAGAGAAUUCCACGAUCUAAAAGAUAAAGUCAGAUUAAAUACUCUCUGCUUCCUGCAUUUCAUAGGUAACUUUAUGCAUGUUUAAUAAUUAUGGGUAAGGAUUUUGGUAUUAUUAACUUUUAAAACAUCUGAACUGAAACCUCUGAAUGGUGAAACUGCUGUAUUUCUGUGUUCAGGAAGGGGAACUGUGCACCACUCCUGAAGGGGAUUCAUGUGCAGCAUGAAAACUGAAACAGUCAAAGUGCUCUGAAGCACUGAAAAGUGGUGUGUGUUGUUUUAUCUCUAGAUAAAACUCUAUCUUCAUCUCUAGACGGGAAGACUCUCAGCUGCUAAGAGUAUAAAUAGUACAAAUACUACUGAAACAACUCAACACCUGCACAUAAAAUCCCUGUGUAGUUCUAAAGCACAGACAGGUGCUACAUGGAUGGACACUUUACACCAGUCAGAGGAAAUCAGGAAAGAAGGAUGGCAGUAAGGUGUACCUUUUUGUAAAAUAAAAACUAUAGCUUAUAUUUCAGGGUUUGCUUUAAGAAUGCCCAUUUUAAAAUUUUGUAUUCUGCCUGAUCUGUAUUCUGGGUUGUUUUAUACUUAUGUGCCUUUUUGGUUGCUGCUACAAGGACUAUGGGACCAUUUUUGAGAACUGUCAUUGUUUAAAUGGAAAGCUAAUUGUUUGGUUCAGAUUUUUACUGUCUUGUAUAUGGUUAGAUUUUUGUAGCACAAUCAAUUGUGUUUUGUUGAGUGUUCUGAGUCAGAUGAGCGUAGUCUGUGUUGCCUCUUUCUGUUACCUUAGAGGAACCCUUAUCCUAAUAUGAAAGAGUAUUCCGCUUUCCCUGACACUUCCAUUUUGCUCUAAUUUUGAGUAAAAGCCUGUGGGAAGCCAACAAUUUAAAAGAGAAAAAAUGUGGGGAAGAGAGCUAUUUCAGAGAUUGGAACUGGAAUGUAGAACAGUCAACUUUCUCAAGACCCUCAGAGAUUGUGGGAAAUGGAAAUUAAAACUUACCACUAUGCUUUGAGCUUUUGAGCUGUUUUUGAUUUCACAAUUGAAACCUAAAUAUUCACAUAAACUCAAGUAUUUGAUGUAUAAGAUGGGAACAAAUGAGGUUCUUUGAUUCCCCUGCAGCAUAAUAAAUGGUUUCAGAGUUGAAGGUAAAACUGUGAAGAUAAGCAAAUUGCCACUUAGCACUAAAAUACUUGCAGAAUCUGUAACUACUUGCAUUUUGGUUUAAGUUGACUGCAAAUAGGGGGAAUUUGUUUUUUUAAUGCACUUUUGAGAAUGAGCAACGUUCUUCAGACACAUGGGUUUGUUUUGUUGCUUUUAUUUUUCCUUUUUGGUAAUAACACCUAAAUUGUCAGGAAGCAUGGUGAAAUUUCUGGCAAUUUCAAAGCAGUGACUGAGUAGUUCUAAUGAAAUAAAAAUUUAAGUAUGCUGCUAAGAGAUACUGUCAUCUGCUUGUUUUGGAAUGCACAUGCCCAGCAAUAGAACAGCAUUAGAGCAACUGCCUUUGCCCAUUUUGGUUGUUUACGAGCAUGUAGAAAAGAAGCAUUCAGAUCACACUAAAGUGACUACCUUAGGGUACUGUUACAUUGUGUGUGUUACAGACAGGUUAUAUAGAUUGUCUCUGAGAAAUUAAGACACUUAGGAGAUGUAGGUGGUGAAGAGAGAUAUCCCUGGUCAGUUUAAGCACAUCUGGCUCUCUUCAUUUUGGCUUUUUUGAUAAAUGUCUCAGACAUGGCAAGAAGAUAUGAAGGGAAGGGUGACUCUUGUGAAGGGAAAUGAUGCUUGGGGUUAGGGACAGAACAGGUGAUUCUGGUUAAACUUCUGACAUUAAAAAAUCAGGACCCUGUUAAAGUGCCUAAUAUUCUCAGUGCUCUAGGCUGAUAAAUUUAUGAACAAACCUGUUUUAGUUGCUUUGUGAUUAUGUUUGGAUGAAGUAGAACUUUUUCAUCGCUUUCUUCAGGUGUAGGGGCUAAGCUGAGGUCUUGGUGAAUAAAUGGAAAGCAGCAGGAUACUGUGAGGUGAAUCAAACAUGUAAGGGCCUCAUCCUGAACUUCAAAGUUUGUAUUGAAAAUAAAUAUCUAGAUUCUUAACUUUUAUUCAACUUAUUUACAUAUUUUGCCCUGACAGGUAUUUGGAACAGAAUUUCAGCUGAGUGGAAGUACCAGGAUACUAAAUAGUGAUAAAAGAAUUUUUUUUUAAUUUAUUUUACUGAAGAUUCAUAUCUGCUAGUUGAGAAGGAGUAUAUUUUAAUAGUAAUAAAGUGCCAUUUUUUUUAAUUGUCCUGGUGAGAGCAAUCGUUUGCAAUGUGUGAGGGCUGGGAUGAACUGGUAAGAAUUUAUGCUUUGAAGGUAUUUUAGCUUGAACAAACAUGUCUUUGUGAUAGAAUAUAUGUAUUAUAUAUAUUCUUUUUCACAUAUAUAAAAAGAAUAUAUAUAUAUAUUCUUAAGGGUAUCUGUUUUCCUUGAAUAAUUAAAAAUAAUUGAUUGUUACUUCUGUAGGUUCAUUAUUUUUAUAGGAGAACCUACAGAUGCCUUUUCUGGUUAUUACAGUAAUCAUUCAUUGGGUUGAUGAAAUGCAUAAGGAGAGUAUUAAGAAAGGAGAGAUAUGGCUAAAUAAUGUUGAUUUUAAUUUUUUUUUCACUUUUGAAAUGUGAUCUCAGUCACUGAACAGAAUAGCAUACUGUCUCCUUUUUAUCAGUCCAUCUGGACUUUAUUAUUAUUUUAAACGGGAUUGUGGAGUUUUGGCAUUCACUGAUCUAUGAAGUUGCUACCACAAGAGUGUCUUGCAUCCUGAGAUGACUCAAAAAGUGUAUAUGAGCUGUAAAUGUUUAAACAGAGGAAAUACUUGCAACUAACACAAAGCAUUUGUACACUAAACUCUUUCAGUGUCCUAAUAAAAGGAAGUGUAUGGAUAACA